CGCCGCGCGCUGCCGGGACGCGUGUGAUUAAUGGCCCGAGGUCGGAGACGGCGCAGGCACGAGCCCCUUCUUGGCUCGGCCAGGGUGUGAGGGUAUCCGGCAGGAGAGCCAGGUCAUGGCGGUGGGAGCUCUGGGGACCGCGGCGGCGGCGGCGGCGGCGGCGGCAGAGGAGGAGGAGGAGGAGGAGGAGGAAGAGAAGUAGGUGACGCGGCCCGGAGAGGCUCGUCCCCUCUGGCCCCGGGGCCGGCGCCGCGGCGGAUCCCCAGCGCCAGCAAAGUUUGGAGCCACGGGCGCCGCGCGCCCAUCCCUCCCCGCGCAGUUCCCUCGGCGGUGUCUGUGCCGCCGCUGCUGCCAGGGCAGGACAAAGGCUCAUUAACACGUGAUGGGACCGCGCUUCAUAAAUGGGACCGGAACGAGAGGGAGCCAGAGACAGAGCGCGAGCGGAGGGAGAGGCAGGGACCGCGCGAACCGACCAGGCGACGGGCGCCCGGGCUGGCGGAAAACGGUGGGCCCGGCGGGGCGAGCGGGAGGACCCAGCGAAGAGCCCCGGGAAGGGGUGAGGCUCGCGGACGGAGGGGGCGCCAGUCCCGAUCUCUGUCGCGGGCGGGCGCUCGAGGCAGGGGACGCCGGCGCGCGGGCUGCGCGGACAGACCGACUUACUGACCGACCGACGGAGGCACACCCCGCUCCACCCCACCCCACCCGGCCUCGCCCGCAUCCCCGCGCCGGCGCCGCCUCCCUCUCGCGACUCCCUCGGCCACCCCUUCCUGCUCCACUUCUUUUCCGCCUCCGCCUCUGCUCGGCUCCCGCGGCGCCAGUGCCUUCCCCUGGCCCGGGCGGGGUGCCUCGGCUCCCGGCAGAGCUCUCCGUAGAGUCGGGGCGCGGGGCGGGGGACGUUUCGUUCUAGCAGAGAAGCAGCCCCUGCGCUGGGCAAGAGGUGCCGAGGGAGCUUCUCCCGCGAGGACCGGGGGAUGCGAAGGGGUUUCCUGCUGCGGGGCUCUUUCUCAGUCAUUGUGAGUGUGGCCUAAUCGAAGACAGGGGGGAUGAAGUCCAUCUUCGAUGGCCUUGCCGAUACCACCUUCCGAACCAUCACCACAGACCUCCUCUACGUGGGUGCCAAUGACAUUCAGUACGAAGACAUCAAAGGCGACAUGGCAUCCAAAUUAGGGUACUUCCCACAGAAAUUUCCUUUAACUUCCUUCAGGGGGAGUCCCUUCCAAGAAAAGAUGACUGCGGGAGACCACCCCCAGUUAGUCCCAGCAGACCAGGUGAACCUCACCGAGUUUUACAACAAGUCUCUGUCCUCCUACAAGGAGAACGACGAGAACAUUCAGUGCGGGGAGAACUUUAUGGACAUGGAGUGCUUCAUGAUUCUGAACCCCAGCCAGCAGCUGGCCAUCGCCGUGCUGUCCCUCACGCUGGGCACCUUUACGGUCCUGGAGAACCUGCUGGUGCUGUGCGUCAUCCUGCACUCCCGCAGCCUCCGCUGUCGGCCUUCUUACCACUUCAUCGGCAGCCUGGCCGUGGCGGACCUCCUGGGGAGCGUCAUCUUCGUCUACAGCUUCGUCGACUUCCACGUGUUCCACCGCAAAGACAGCCCCAACGUGUUUCUGUUCAAACUGGGUGGGGUCACAGCCUCGUUCACGGCCUCCGUCGGCAGCCUGUUCCUCACGGCCAUCGACAGGUACAUAUCUAUUCACAGGCCCCUGGCCUAUAAGAGGAUCGUCACCCGGCCCAAGGCCGUGGUGGCGUUUUGCCUGAUGUGGACCAUCGCAAUUGUGAUCGCCGUGCUGCCUCUCCUGGGCUGGAACUGCAAGAAACUGCAAUCCGUGUGCUCAGACAUUUUCCCUCUCAUCGACGAGACCUACCUGAUGUUCUGGAUCGGGGUCACCAGCGUGCUGCUGCUGUUCAUCGUGUACGCCUACAUGUACAUCCUCUGGAAGGCGCAUAGCCACGCCGUCCGCAUGAUCCAGCGCGGUACCCAGAAGAGCAUCAUCAUUCACACGUCCGAGGACGGCAAGGUGCAGGUGACCCGGCCGGACCAAGCCCGCAUGGACAUUAGGCUGGCCAAGACCCUGGUCCUGAUCCUGGUGGUUUUGAUCAUCUGCUGGGGCCCUCUGCUCGCGAUCAUGGUGUAUGAUGUCUUUGGGAAGAUGAACAAGCUCAUUAAGACAGUGUUUGCAUUCUGCAGCAUGCUCUGCCUGCUGAAUUCCACCGUGAACCCCAUCAUCUACGCUCUGCGGAGCAAGGACCUGAGACAUGCUUUCCGGAGCAUGUUCCCCUCGUGCGAAGGCACUGCGCAGCCUCUCGAUAACAGCAUGGGGGACUCGGACUGCCUGCACAAACACGCCAACAAUGCAGCCAGCGUCCACAGGGCCGCGGAGAGCUGCAUCAAGAGCACGGUCAAGAUCGCCAAGGUGACCAUGUCUGUGUCCACGGACACGUCUGCCGAGGCUCUGUGAGCCAGACGUGUCCCUGGCAGCACAGGAAAAGAAAUUCUCUCUCUCUCUCUCUUUUUUUUAAAAGCUCAAAAACCCAGAAGAGUCUGUCGUCUCAUCGGUUGUAUUUUUUUAAGUUGACCACGCUCAGUGAAAUGGUGAUUGUCACCGUGAUCAGUUUUCAGUUCUCUGACGUUUCCAUAGUGUAGGUCCUCAAACUCAGUUCUCCGGGGGUUUACGGUGAAGAAAGCCUGUUGUUUAAGGGACUGGAAGGUCCUUCAAAGUCUCAGUGAAAUAGGAGAGAACCUUUGGCUACACAAUUGGAAGCCCAAAUACCCAUAGAAAAAGGCCAUCAAAUGAGUAAUGCCUUUGUAAUCACAACUUUCAUUAUCAUGUGAAAUGUACUUGUCCGGAAGUAAUCAAAGAUGUCCAUUUUUACAACAGUUAUAGUACUAAAGUAGAGCUAUUUUGUAAAAUGUAGUGUGUCCUGUGAGAUGUGUAUCAGUGUUUACCAUGUGUUAUUUAUAUUUGUCUAGUCCAGCAAAACUGCAAGGUGGGCUUCUACAAGAACAAUGGCACAUAAGCAGUGGAUAUAUGCCAAUGAGACCACUUUUUAAAACAUUAUUGCCCAUGAUAUAACUUUAGAAACCUUAAUAUUUUUUUCAAAUAUCUCUAUUUAAAUUUGACAUUGAAAUAACCAUAAAGGUUUAUUUUUCUGUUAAUCCAACAAGAAGAAUUUGAAGACUGUCCAAAGUCUUGAGCAGAAUUCACUGACACUUAAAAAUUUCUUAGUCCUGCAUUUUCAUACGAGGACUUGUAUUAUCGUCUGGACUAUAGCUGUUCUGUUGGGUGAUGGAUUACAAUCAGAACAGAAGAGAGACUGCAUAUUGACUUUGGCUGACAUCUCCGACUUUCGUUAGACUUUAGCUCUUACUGGACCUCUUAGGACAGCAUGUGUCAAUCUUAAUGUAUGUUGUUAUCACUGUGCAAUUGCUGUUUUCUUGAAGAGUAUUGCAUCCUUAUAUUUCAGGUUUAAGUAGAUUUCAUGCCUGGGUGGCCAAACAACAGUCUUCAUUUUUUCUUAAUUGAAAAGAAGUAUUGUCUGGAUCAGUAAAAUUAUACUGUGUGUGAGUGUGAAUAUAAAUGUGUGUGUGUUUCUAUCCUGUAACUGUUCUAGUAAUGUCCUAAAGUGAGAAAACUGUGACCACGUGUAAGCUGUUCCCCUUGCUGCACUCUUGCACAUGAAUUCAGUUUCUAAAAUUGAGUUCUUCCGGAAAUCUAGUUGAUAAAAAUACUGACCAGAAGCCUUCAGAACCCUCCCCCUUUGAAAUUGGGUCAAGUAGUACUAAACUGACCUUUAGGUAUUUCAUAAGACCAGCGUUUAGCAAGGAAUCAUCUAGAAUGAACCUUCAGGUCAAGGUCUGUGUUUACAGUGUUCAUGUCGGGAAAUGUUUGGUUUCUGAGCACCUAAUAUUGAUCAAGUCCAUGGAGAUGUAAGUCAUUGUAAGGGAAGUAGCUCUAAAAUAAAACCCUCCAGUGGUAACAUAUUUUAGUUGUGUGUGUAGGCAGCGUGAUCCCAGUUUGAGUAGCACUAUACUUUGCUCACUGCAGUGGGACUACCAGAUCCGGCUUAUGGGGUAAGAAGGCCUAUCAGACAGUGGGUGAGACAGAAAAGGGCAGUGAGAAGCUGACACGCUCGUGAUUAAGGCCUGGAUGUCAUAUGACUGCUUCUGUGCUUUGUGCAGAUGCCCUUGGUGACAACCCAGCACCCAGCUUUGUCUGUAUAGGUUUGAGCUCUUUAAAGAAGAGGCCUCUCCUCUGUUCCUGAUUAGCAAGAGGUGCUAAAGCAUAAAGAUGAGCAUGGCUUGCUUUCUUCUUACGCCCCAGUUUCAUACUCCUUAAUGGUGCCAUGGGUGCUCUCAGUUAGGCCCUUUCCCAGUAAGCACUGAUAAUGCUUAAGAAGCCACCUGACUCUGACAAAUUUUAUUUACAAACUAUCUUCUCCCUAAACAGAUAAAGCAUGGCUUUUGCAGGACCAGGAGGCCUGCAUAGCCUGAUGUAAAGCAGAGAGCUAGCAUUUAUCUGGUGAUUGCUAGCUAUGUGGUACCCAAGCAGCCUGAUGGGGCAAUGUCUUUUCUUGCAGUGUAAGGUUGAAUGUGGCUUGUGGGUCAAGCUGAGAUGCUUUUAAUUGUCUGUACAGCUCGAAUCUGCCCGCUGGUUCCUUUACUAUACCUCUCUGUGAUAUGCAGAUGAUAUGCUCAGUGUGCUAGAGGAUUAAUAAGAUCUCUUUAGAAGGAGAAAAGAUUAUUUAUGAAAAAACUCACCAGGGUCUAGUUUCCAUUGAAGAAUUGCCACUCUUUUGUUCUAAAUUACCCUGAAGAUUAAUCCACACAUCUCAGAGCUCACUAGGCAGUACCAACGCUCUUCUCACAGCUAUGAAGACCUGGUGAAGAUGAAAUUCUUGUUAUUGGUAGAAAAAUUCCAGGAUUCAUUUUUGAAACUGUAUUUGUGUGUAUGCAAUGUAGAUUUUAUAGUGUGUUGUGCUUAUAAGAUCUCAAUCAUAUAUAAUAAAUUAAGGGACAAUGGGGCUGACAGCACUAAACUUGGUGCUUAUUGAUAUUCUAAGAAAUAUCUGUGAAAUAUCAUCAUGUAUGUGUUACACCUCCUUCAUUUUAAAACAUUUAAAUGAGUUCGAUUCACUCUGAUACUUUUAAUAUCAUUUCCUAACCCAAGUGACUCAAAUGUUCUCCCCAGUGAAUAUACUCAUUAGAAUUAUUAUUCAAUAGUAUCAUUCAUUAAUUAGUCCCUUAAUGAGACCCAUUGAUUUAAAUAUAAUUUAGAUUGCAGUAAGCUUUAUAAGGUCUACCUUCAGAGUUAUCUACUUUCCUCUGAGGCUGACAUAUGUGUCCUGAUCAUGCAUUUCACCAUCAUACGUGUCUUUAGAUAGAGCCAAAUGCCAACCUGCUCAAUUUCUUCAGAGUAAUGAUGAACCUUUCAAUCCCAGACUAACAGUUUUAUUUAGAAAAGGAGAGCUGUCUCCAAGAACCCCUAAUUUUCCACUACGUAUGAAAUAAAUGUAAAAGAAACACAGAUCUGGAAGAAGCUACAGACAUAUGCCUACACUUGAGAUGAUUCCCAAGCCUCCCGUCGCUCUGAGUCAGGUCUAUGUGGCAUUAAGUGGCAUGGAAUUUUGGCCGUCUAAACCCACAUUGCAGGAGACAGGCCCAACCUCCAGAUGAGAAUUUGGGCCCUUGAUGAGUGGCAUUCUACUUACUGUCCUGUUGAUUGAUUUCUGCCAUCCCAUGUCUGUAAAAGAGACCACCAAUAUCAUGAGCAAAAUUAGAUUUCUCACGUUCUAACUGUAUAUUUGUAUGAUAUUUUAAAAUCUCCUAAAUGCUGGGCAAUGGCUAUUGACAAUUGCCUCGCACUGGCCUUCUGAUGAAAUGUUAACAAUGCCUAUUGUAAUAUAGACAAAACAUUUUAUCUACUGGUUUGGGCUGAAUGUAUGUAAAUAGGUUUUUAAAAGGUCAGAUGUUUAAGCAGUGGCCUACAAAUCAGUAAUUUUCAGAUAAGAGAGUUUCUUUACAUUGCUGUGGCAUCCUAAAAGCUAUCUUCACGUAAACUUAGUGUACUAGGCCUGCUGAGGAUCCAGAGUGCUCAAGAAAGGAAACCUUUCCUUGUAAUAAUAUGAAUUAAGAUACCAGAUGAUCUGGAUUCUUAUUUCCAAUGUUUCAAGUGGAAAACAAAGCUCUUUAUUGUCUGUAAAUCAAACAUGAUUACUUUUCCUCUUAGAAGAAUAUUGUAUUGUUAGAUGUUUGUUGAGCUGGUAACAUCCUUGCAACCGCUGCAAUAUCUUUGUUAGUAAUAAAACUUUGUACACGAGUACUAGUAAGAUUGUUAUUCAAUGUAGCUUCAGUCAUUAGAUUACUAUAGUGAAGUAGUACUAAUGUAAUAUUUACAAUGUAUUAAGCCCACGCUAUAUUUUAGUUCAAUGAUGUAGUUAAAUUGUUAUUUAUUCAAAGAGAAAACAUCCCAUCAUGUCUAUUGUCCAAAGUUACCUGGAAUCAAAUAAAAAUUCUAGAUUAUCACAAA